GUAAUUGCAAUAGAUAAAGAUGAAGGCGUAAACAGCAACAUAGAUUAUAUCAUCACAGAAGGAGAUAUGACAAGAUUUAAAAUUCAUCUGAAAUCUGGUAGUAUUUAUUCUCGAAAAGCUUUCCAGCCCGGUCAGACAUUUGAAUUAAUGAUUAAAGCGUCUGAUAAUGGAACGCCACAAAGAUCAUCUGUUGCUAGAGUUAUUAUUGAAGUGGUACCGCUGUACAGAUCAUCUCGUCUUCCAGUUUUUCAAGAUGUUGAUUCUCAUAUUGUUGUGACAGAGAGUGAUAAAGUGGGACAUUUGGUUACUCUAGUGAAAGCAGAGCACACAGAAGGAAGAAGGCUCUGGUAUUCUAUACUGGAUGGAAACGUGAAUGAUACUUUUAUUAUUCAACCUAAUACUGGUGCUGUACUUUUGGCAAAGAAACUAGAUUGGGAAACAAAAUCAAAAUAUAGCCUUAACCCCUUUAUAUAA